GAGCUAGGAGCUGCACCUCUGCUGAGCAGGAGGAGCUUGUGAGAAGACAAGGGUGUCCACACUGUGUGAGGAGGCAGAACAGACAGCACUCAGCGCUCUGUGGACCUUGUAUGGAGGAUCUUCUGGGCAGGAAAGCCAGCAGCUAUGAGGUCUCCUUAUGAGAGAUGAAGGAUUUGUCACUUCUGGAGUAACCUGACCACAUGGGAAGAUAUUUAAAAAGUUCAUUUUGCAGGACAAGAGAAGACUGCCUGACGGCAAGAACUUCAACCUCACACAAAGGAUAAGUCCCAAAUUAGUGCCUGGAGUUUGAUUUUCAAAGCACUACCGCCACCUUGUGUUGGAGAACCAUAGCAGUCAUGACUCCUACUGUGCUUCCUCAUAAGAAGAGCCUUUAUUACAACCAUGAAGUCAUCGUGACCCAUUACAAUUACACGGGAAAGUAUAAGAAUAACUCUACCAAUGAACUAAAGCCAACCUCCAUCAUCUUCAUCAUUAUCUGUUGCUUCAUUGUGCUGGAGAAUGUCCUGGUGCUUCUUACUAUCUGGAGAACCAAGAAGUUUCAUCGACCCAUGUAUUACUUUAUUGGUAAUCUGGCACUCUCUGAUUUAUUAGCCGGUACUGCCUACACUGCCAACAUUCUCCUAUCUGGAUCUAAUACCUACAAGUUAACUCCAGUUCAGUGGUUCAUACGGGAAGGGAGUAUGUUUGUUGCCCUCUCUGCCUCAGUCUUUAGCCUUUUGGCUAUUGCUAUUGAGCGCUACAUUACCAUGUUAAAAAUGAGGCUGCACAAUGGUAGCAAAAGCUCCAGGUCAUUCCUUCUGAUUAGCGGCUGCUGGGUGCUGUCACUAUGUCUUGGAGGACUUCCACUCAUGGGAUGGAACUGCAUGACAAACAUGAGGCUUUGCUCCACAGUGCUCCCUCUGUACCAUAAACAUUACAUCCUUUUUUGUACCAGUAUUUUCAGCAUUUUAUUGCUAGCCAUUGUUAUUCUCUACGCCAGGAUUUACUUUUUGGUAAGAACACGGAGCAGAAGUUUGACCUUUAGAAGGAACUGUGCAAGAGCAAGUAGGAGUUCUGAGAAAUCUAUGGCCUUGCUCAAAACAGUCAUCAUUGUCUUAAGUGUUUUCAUUGCAUGUUGGUCGCCUCUCUUCAUUUUUCUCUUGCUGGAUGUUGGCUGCAAGGUUGGGUCCUGCCAGGUUCUGUUCAACGCAGAGUACUUUUUGGCUCUUGCAGUUCUCAACUCAGCCACUAACCCCAUCAUCUACACCUUGACCAACAGGGAGAUGAGGCGUGCCUUCCUAAAGAUGGCAGGUUGCUGCCACUGCCCUAUUCUGAAUCCAGGAACGAAAGUUAAAAGACCCAUCAUCACAGGAAUGGAGUUCAGCAGGAGCAAAUCAGACAAUUCUUCUCAUCCUCAGAAAGAUGAGGUGGAAUACCACGGGACCAUUAUGUCUUCAGGCAAUGUGACUUCCUCAUCCUAGAACAUGGGUAAUGGGAUGAAGUUGAAUAGGUUCUUAUAAGUGUGUCAUAUCAUGAAGGGAAAUUAAUCUGGAUAUGCCAAGGCCACUUUGAGUCCAGCGUAGAACUGGGCGGAGAUGAGUGGAACAUUUGACUGGAAGGAUGAGGAGCAGGCAAGCUGCAUAGACAAGAUGAAGGGCUUGUGGAACACUAGUCUUAAAUGCAAGAAUGGGAUAUAAACAUUAUGUAUAAUGUGGAUUUAUUGCUCCAUGAACAGUGCAAAUGUGGGAUCUAACAUCACUUACCCUAAGCAUAUAGGACUCUUAAUAUAGAACAUGACUCUCUGUAGAAGACCAAUACUGGGCAAGAGUUUAACAAGCUCCUAUGUAAAUCCUAUGUGUUCUAUAUGGUGGAGUCCAAUUGUUUUGCUUUGUAACAAAGUCUGCCUGGAAUAUGGGUGAACUAUAGAAAGGCGGCAUCACUACAUGCUUGUCCCAAAUCUGAAUCACUUGGUGUUGAUGAUGGUGUGCAGAUGUAGCAGAGCUGAGCUUGCCUCUCACAAUGUUUUAUCUGUGGUACAUAAGACAGCAGGUAACAUCUUGAGAGAUGAUUCAGAGUUGUUUUGUGCACAAACAAUGAAACCUUAACAGAGUUAAAUGGAAGAUUAAACUCUACUACAUCUGUAUAUUCAAAAAUCACCAGUGUGGUUUGAAUUGGAUGGGGCUCAGCACUUACGUAUUUUUUAGUCUUUUUAACGUGUUGUAAUCUCCAGUUUAAAGGAGACGUGUAUUCUGUAAUUGUGGCACACAUGACUGCUCUGAGGUUAAUGGAGCGUCCCCGUAGCACGCCUAUUGUCAUGUGUGUCUUGUGAAGUUGCAGUGGUUUAGUCUAGAAUGAGAUCCAGGUUUCAUGUCCAGUGGGAUUGGGAGCUUUUUGCCCUUGUCGGAUGAUUCAUUGGUGCAGGAUACAGGCUCUAUGCAGAACAUUCACAUCAAAGACCGAUAGUAUGGACAGAAUUUGUCAGUGUCAGUCAAUCUUUUGUCUCUUUGGAUCGAGCAGAGUCCAUAUCACAUUUCAUUUCAUUGUAGGGAAUCAUGGACACGACCGUAUGUUUUUUCAGGUCUGCAAAACAUGGAUCCACAAAAUACAGAUGAUGUCUGGGUGAUGUUUGUGUUGCAUCUGGUUUUGUGAUCCCAUGGACUUCAAAAGGUCAGUGGUCCGCAUUUUGCAGCUAAGAGUAAGACAUACGGAUGCAGUAAGCACACAGAAUAUCUGUGUGCUUACUGCAUCUGUAUGUCUGUUCUGGAAAAAAGUUAGAACAUGUCCUAUACUUGGCCUCAAAAUGCCUACCAUGAAUCUAUGGAAGUCAACAGGUCCGCAAAAAAACUCAUGCAACACGGACAACACACAGACGACAUCGGUAUUUUGCGGAUCACAAAAUACAUAUGGUCAUGUGUAUAACUCUUCAAGAAGAUUGCUAUCUCUAAAACUGAUCUUGCCAUUUGAGGCAGUGGGACACUAUUUUGGCUAAAUUUAAACUAUAGUAUUGUAUAGUAAGUAAGUUCGUUUUAUGGGAAACAUUCACAUUUUUGGCAAGAAAUAUUUAUGACCUAAACCCACCUAGUGAAUGUACUGUAGGAAUAUCAAAACUUUAAAAGAGUUGUCCCAGAAUAGCAACUUAUUAUUCAUAGGGUAGGGAUCAUGAAAAUGUUCCCGGUUUGAAUGGGACCCCCACUUAUCAUGAGAAAAGUUAAGCAUGUGAUCUGCCGCGCCAUUCAAAGUUGAUGGGACUAAAACUAUUCUGUCUCUGAUAUACCGUUCAAUACAGUGUAUAAGGGAAUAUUCAUAGCACCUAAUGAAUA